AUGACCCAGGGCAGCGAGUCCCAGGGCUAGUGUGCUACCGAAGUCGGCUUCCUAGUGGAGUCUCGCUCUGGCCAGCAAGCUUCAUGGCAGCGCCACUGGUGUCCCGGAUGCUGCGGCAGGUCCUGAGGUCCAGCACCCGGAGCUGCAACUCAGGCGCUCCAGUGACGCAGCCCCGCCCGGGGGAGCCCUCCCAAUCUGCCAUAGAGGAUGUGUCCACACGGAGGCAGUUCCUGAGGGAGCACCCGAUCCCCUUCUCUGCCUUCCUCACUGACAGCUUCGGCCGGCAACACAGCUACCUGCGGAUCUCCCUCACGGAGAAGUGCAACCUCAGAUGUCAGUACUGCAUGCCCGAGGAUGGUGUCCCACUGACCCCCAAGGCUGACCUGCUGACCACAGAGGAGAUCCUGACCCUUGCACGGCUCUUUGUGAGAGAAGGCGUGGAUAAGAUCCGCCUUACGGGUGGAGAGCCGCUCAUCCGGCCGGAUGUGGUGGACAUUGUGGCCCAGCUCCACCAACUGGAGGGGCUGAGGACCAUCGGCAUCACCACCAACGGCAUCAACCUAGCCCGGCUGCUGCCUCGGCUUCAGAAAGCUGGUCUCAAUGCCAUCAACAUCAGCCUCGACACGCUGGUACCAGCCAAGUUUGAGUUCAUCGUCCGCAGGAAAGGCUUCCACAAGGUCAUGGAGGGCAUCCACAAGGCCAUCGAGCUGGGCUACAGCCCUGUGAAGGUGAACUGUGUGGUGAUGCGAGGCCUGAACGAGGACGAGCUCCUGGACUUCGUGGCCUUGACGGAGGGGCUGCCCCUGGACGUGCGCUUCAUAGAGUACAUGCCCUUUGAUGGGAACAAGUGGAACUUCAAGAAGAUGGUCAGCUAUAAGGAGAUGCUGGACACCCUGCGGCAGCGCUGGCCGGAGCUGGAGACGCUGUCCGGGGAGGAAUCUACCACAGCCAAGGUUUGGGGGGGCAACAGCUGGGCUGCGUGGGGAGGAAGGUCCCGCCCUCACCCUAGGACAGGUGAGCUGGCAGGGGCUGCCCUGAGGUUGGAGCGCAGCGACGCAGGGCAACCUUCUGCCCCUCAUUGCAGGAAGCCUGCCCUGAGUGUGACCCAGCCCUGGGAGGCCUGGGUGCUGGCGCUCAGCCCAGGGGGGGUCCCUAGGGUUCAGGGCCUCGGCUCAGGGAUGAGGGAGUCAUGGUGUCCUCACCACCCCCAUGGUGACCCCCUGCAGGUCUGCCUGUUCGGGAACUCCGAGGUCUCUCUCCGAGAUCACCUGCGGUCCGGGGCCUCCGAGGAGGAGCUGCUGAGCAUCAUCGGGGCCGCUGUGGGCAGGAAGAAGCGGCAGCAUGCAGGCAUGUUCAAUAUUUCCCAGAUGAAGAACCGGCCCAUGAUCCUCAUCGGGUUAUUUUUGAUGUUCCAAGAUUCCCCACCAGCCAUUCCAAGCAUUUCUUCCUUGGACUCCCUCGGUGUUCAGGGUCUGAGACACAGAGUGAGUUACUCCAGCCAGGUGGCCACUUUAUGGACAGGAGGCCGGGUCCCCCAGACCCCGUCCCUCGCCCAGCGGUGGCUGGGGUCUGGCUCCCCUCGGAGACACUACAGUUCCCACUCAGACUCAGAUACCGACCCAAAGUGCCUUAGCCCCGUGUCCCGGGCUCCGGCCUCCCGCUCAGGACCCCUGCCAACCUCGGACCAAUUAACCCACGUGGACACAGAAGGCCGGGCAGCCAUGGUAGAUGUGGGUGGUAAGCCCAACACAGAGCGGAUGGCCGUGGCCUCCGCCGUGGUCCUCCUGGGGCCCGUGGCCUUCAAACACAUCCAAGAGAACCAGCUAAAGAAGGGAGAUGCCCUGGUGGUGGCCCAGCUGGCUGGAAUCCAAGCAGCCAAGGUGACGAGCCAGCUGAUUCCUCUGUGUCACCCUGUGGCCCUGAGCCAUGUCCAGGUGCGGCUGGAGCUGGACAGCACACGCCAUGCCGUGGUGAUCCAGGCAUCGUGCCGGGCUCAGGGCCCCACUGGGGUGGAGAUGGAGGCCCUGACCUCAGCUGCUGUGGCUGCCCUCACCCUGUAUGACAUGUGCAAGGCUGUCAGCAGGGACAUCGUGUUGGGAGAAAUCAAGCUGAUCAGCAAGACUGGAGGUCAGAGGGGGGAUUUCCAUCGGACUUAGAGCGCCUGCCCCCUCUCAUCCGUGACCCAGCCAGGUCAUGGGAUGGGAUGCAACUGGGGCCGAGGGAAGAUGUCAAGUUCCUUGAACCCCAUCACUGUUUACCGUGACCAGUGGGAACCCGAGGUCAGCCCGCUCCCUUACUACCGAUGCCCUUCGAUGCCCUUUGAGGCUUCCUUUAUUCAGAGAGGAAACCCGCAGGCCUUUCAGCCUUCCUAGACACGAAGGUCAUGGGAGGGGGUCGCCAUGAGCAAUGCUAGAUAACUGAAAAAUUACAUUGUGUUAUCCGUGGACUAUUUCAGACAACCAGUUUCAGACAAUCCGGCCCCUAACUUCCACUUCUCAUUUUGGGUUUUCUCUUCUGCUACUUCCCUGGGGAGAGAAUAAGGGCUCACGAAGCAGAGAACCCACUUUGAGGGGGAAAGCACAGCUUGCACGAAGAAUGUACGACUUCUCUUCAGCAGCUUUGCCUGCCCAAGUCUGUGGAACCAUAGCCCCGCUCUGCCCCUGCCUCUUCGCCAUCCAUCCUCGGAAAGAGCCCGUUUCCCUUCAAAUGUACAGGCUCUCUGUUUAACCGUUGCACCGUCCUCCUGCCUGCACCCUUUCUUUAGGCUCCUCCUCUCACAGGACACGCACGUAGGCUGCAGAACACACUGACCGACCACUCAUGGCCACACCUGGCCCUGCGCACGGCUGUUCCCCACACCCCUCUAUUCUGGAACAUAUCAGGGAAAGAAGAGAGCUGAAGAUUGCCUUCACCCUCACAGCACACAAAAUAAAGCUGCAAUGCCAACUUUGGAGAUGCAA